AUGAGCAAUUGUUCCUAUCAUCGUCUUCUAGAUCACCUGGGUCUGUCACAGAAAAGUGAGAGUUUAUCAAAUGUGCGGCCGGUGUGGAACUGGACAACACCUACGCCGGUUAUGGUGGACACUUAUCUAUAUGGUAUUUUGGAUGUGAAUGAGAAGUCCCAAACAUUCACCUCCCAUGUGAUGAUUUCAAUGGGCUGGGAGAAUGAACUGAUAUCGUGGGAACCCAAUGACUGGUGUGGGAUUGAGAGCGUAGCAGUUCCCAGAGACAUGCUGUGGAUACCAGAUGUCAUGAUCUUAGAGGACAUUUCUGAUACAGGCAGUAUCACAUUGAGCCCCUACACAGAGGUGGCCCACUCUGGCAUGGCCUAUGUGACAGAAAGCCGGCGGUUGACCACCACCUGCAAGAUGAACCUUUUUAAGUUCCCCUUUGACACCCAGAACUGCAGUAUUACCUUUAUUUCCUUUAUGCUAAAAGGUACAUGUAUAAAGUUGGGGCCCUUCUCCAACAGCAUUAUCAUGAGCCAAUUCUCCGAGAAGGUCAUGGUUACAUUGGGGGAAUGGGACUUCCUGGGCAUUAGGUUGUCCAUGGAAAAGCUAAUCUACGACAACAACAUUGUUUGGGACAAGCUGGUCUACAAGAUCAGCAUACGAAGAAGGCCCCUUUUAUAUGUGAUCAACCUCCUACUACCACUCUUGUUUUUCCUCAUCCUGGACUUGGCCUCCUUUUUCAUUGAUGAGGCCAAGGGGGAAAAGCUGGGCUACAAAGUGACCAUACUCUUAUCCAUCUCUGUCUUACUGCUGAUUCUCAAUGACAUCCUGCCUUCCACAGCAGAUGACCUGCCACUCAUAGCUCUUUACUGCAUCGUAAUCUUUGCCCUCACGGGCCUCAGUCUCCUGGAGACCAUGCUGGUGAGCUUCCUGAUUGAUAUGGACAGCAGGGUUGAUCACGACAUCCAGACCUCUUCUAAGACCUGUGAGGAGACUCCGGAAGAGACCGACUGCCAAAGAGGUGAAAUCUCGUUAGAUGCUGAGAUCAGCCUGGUGAAGGUUGAGGACAUUCCAAACAAGGACCUUAAUGGAGACUGGCUGAGCAAUCCCCGCCUACUGCAGCGGAUCCUAGAGGUGCGGAACAUACGGCAGAAAUGGUUUUUUGCUAGCGUGAGAUGUGACAAGAAAAAGCCUGGGUACUGGGAGAGAGUGGGCCGACAAAUUGACCAGGCUUACUUUUGCCUUUAUCUCAUCACCACCAUUGGUUUUCUGGUAUUCACUUAUCAUCAGUGGCUUCAUUAGUUUUGCACUUUAUGUCUUGGCGCUCAAGGCCCCCCGUCUGCUAUCUAUCCUAUGUUCUAGAAUAUAUAUUUAGCAUUUA